AUGAGAAAGGUAGUCAAAAGACUUGAUACAACAAGUAAUGAAGUUUCUUUGGCAAGGUGCUCUGCUCCUGGCAUGCGAGCUAUUCUUAAGAAGAAUGUCCCUAAAACUGAAUACAAGAAGCUCCGUGCUCUCCACUUCAAAGGGGUUAAAUAUCGUCCCUCCCCCUUCAAUUCAGAGAAACUGAAGUUCCAUGUAUGUGACCCAGCCAUGCCCUUCUGCCUUGCCCAUGACUUUUUUGAAGGCAUUGUGAAACUUGUACUUGCCAAAAUAUUAGCUUACUUCAUAGAUAAGAAGAAAUGGUUCUCUCUCAAGACUCUUAACCGGCGUAUCAUAUCUUUCAAGUGCAAAGGGUCCGAUGCCAAGGAUGCCCCCACAAGACUCAAAUCGACAAAGAAGUUAAGUGGCAAUGCAUGUGAAAACUGGAAUUUCCUGAGACUUUUGCCUUUAAUAAUAGGUGAUUUGAUCCAAGAUACAGAAGACCCAAUGUGGCAGUUGUUCCUGUCUUUAAAAGAAGUUUGUGAAUACGUUUGUGCUCCGAGUAUUGCUGUGGAACAAACAGCAUAUCUGAAGGUUUUAUAUCAGGCAUUCUUAGUUCAGUUGCAGAAGUUGUUGCCAGAGUGCCUCAUCCCAAAAGCACAUUUUGGAGCGCAUUAUGCAGACCUCAUCUUGCGCUUUGGGCCUUUAAUCCGCCUUUUCACGCUACGCUUUGAAUCAAAACAUGUUUUCUUUAAGAGAGUAGCUGAUGCCUGCAAUAACUUCAUAAAUAUUACAAAAACUCUUGCCCACAAGUAUAUGUAUCGUUUUGCAUAUGACAAUACCUCUGAAAUUCUGCCAGACGAUCUGGAGUAUGAUACAUCUAAGUCUCUCAACUUGAAUUUGGAAACAUUGCCAGAAGAAAUGAUUGCAAGUCUGCCAGAAGACUUAAACUAUGAAGACUUUGAAACAAUUCCCAAAGUCAUUUUCCAUAGUGUUGCAUAUCAAAUUGGUGACAUCAUGAUUUUAGACAAGGCUGACAAUGCACUUGAUCUUAAAAUUGGAAAGAUUGCAGUAAUUUGCGUUGAUCAGAGUAGAGUACACUUCAUUCUGCAAGAGAUAAUAGCUGUAAACAGUCUCAAUGGUUUCUAUACUCUUGACCAAAAGGUCUCUGGUUACUCCAUCAAAGAACUGGAAAUGUUGCCAGAUUACUACCCUCUUCCAGUUUACAUUCAUGAGAAUCGUGAAUGCAUAGUGUUAAAGCACUCAAACCCAACUAUGAAUUAG